CUCUGGAGCUUCGUCAGAGUGACAAAAAGGAGAUGGGUGAUGGUGUUCCUUUUCAGCUGUUACUCCCUGUGCAACGCAUUUCAAUGGAUCCAAUACGGAAUAAUUAACAAUAUUUUUAUGAAAUUCUACAAUGUGGACUCUUUUGCCAUCGACUGGAUGUCAAUGAUCUAUAUGUUGACCUAUAUUCCCUUUAUAUGGCCUGUAUCCUGGCUUUUGGACAAAAAGGGACUGCGGCUCAUAGCACUGAUGGCCACCGCCAUUAAUUGCCUUGGGACAUGGAUCAAGGUGGCCAGCGUCAAGCAAAACCUAUUUUGGGUGACCAUGCUUGGACAAUUCGCAGGCUCCCUAUCACAAGUAUUCAUCCUUGGGAUGCCUUCCCGUCUAGCAUCGGUUUGGUUUGGUUCUGAAGAGGUGUCCACCGCCUGUUCCAUCGGCGUAUUUGGGAAUCAGUUGGGCAUUGCCAUUGGCUUCCUGGUGCCGCCCAUCCUCGUGCCAAAUGCUGACGAUAUGGACGAUCUGGCAUACCACAUCAGCAUCAUGUUCUACAUCACUGCUGGAAUGGCCACCGCGAUCUUCAUCCUCGUAGUCUUCGUGUUCCAAGAGAAGCCGGAAAUCCCUCCCACCCUGGCUCAGGUCCAGGCCAGGAGCACCCCUCUAGAAGAGUACUCCUACAUGGCCUCUAUCCUGAGACUGCUGCGUAACCUACCCUUCAUGCUCCUUGUCAUCAGUUAUGGGCUGAAUGUCGGUUGUUUCUAUGCUGUUUCCACACUGCUGAACCGGAUGAUUAUUGAGCAUUAUCCAGGUGAAGAGGUGAAUGCUGGGAGAAUUGGCCUCACCAUUGUCAUUGCCGGGAUGGUGGGGUCCCUCAUAUGUGGGAUCUGGUUGGACAAGACCAAAACCUACAAACAGACUACCCUGGCUGUGUAUCUCAUGUCCUUCGUGGGAAUGGUGGUCUAUGCCUUCACUCUGAACUCAGGCCACCUAUGGGUGGUGUUUGUGACAUCAGGGGCUCUAGGGUUCUUCAUGACUGGGUACCUGCCACUUGGCUUUGAGUUUGCUGUGGAGUUGACCUUCCCAGAGGGUGAGGGCACCUCCUCAGGCCUGCUCAACUGUUCAGCUCAGAUAUUUGGGAUCAUAUUCACCAUCGGUCAAGGGAAGAUCAUAGACCACUUUGGCACAUUCGCUGGGAACAUCUUUUUAUGUGUCUUCCUCCUCAUAGGGACCAUUAUGACAGCAUUCAUCAAGUCUGACCUCCGACGGCAAAAGGCCAACCGUCUGGCUGAGAAUCAGGUGGCGAGUAAACAGGCAGGUCACCCACAGGAAGGCCUCUCACAGCAAGCUACACUGAAGGACAUCAAAGUAUAAGGAGGAAAUCCAGUUGAACGGGUGUGAAAAGAAAGAAAUCCCAUCAUACACUUGGAAUCACACAGGUUCUCCCUCUACAGCAAAUUACUCGUCAGAAGAUAACUGGUUUGAUUAUCAAGCACAACCAAGGGUAUUUCAAUUUUUUGGUGCUGAUAUUUCAUAUUUAACUGUCACUUUUUGAGAGUACACUAUGAAAUGUUAAUAUUUUCAUUUGGUUUCUCUAGCUUUAAAUGUCUCCAAUCUAAAUAUUAUAAAUGUUGAUGUCUGUGCAUUUUGAUAUGAGCAAUAUUCAAACUGUGCUUUUUGUUUCCUGACAUUUGACCAAUACCAUACUGGAACAGAAAGCAUUAAUGUAACUGUUCUAUUUUUGGAAUUUGUUAACGUUAGUUAAAAUUAGACUGCAGAUUCAGUGGUUUCAGUUGAAUGGCAGUCUGUUCAGAGGGCCGAUCCAGUCAAGCCAACUCACCUUGUGGCUUAACAGGAUUUUGAGAUUGCUAUCUGCCAUAUAGUAUUACAAGGAGAUAAUUGUGAGUAAAUCAAAUCAAAUCAAAUUUUAUUUGUUACAAGACCUUA